AUGGACGACAAUGACAUGAAAUACUUUGAUCCGGAGGCAAGACUUUGCAAGUUCGCCUGCGGCAAGAAGCAUGGCUGCAAGAUGCUGCAAGCAGAGAUGCACUACAAGACGUGGCACGGGAAGUCCACAUGUGGAAUCUCUGUGGUGACAUCUACAAUGUAG